AUGAAGGGAACCGUCUCUGGUACUGCUGCCGAUCCUGUUGCACGUCUUCAACGAUCUUUGGCCGCUGUCCCUCACCAUACUAUCAAGAAUGAGAUCAAGCUGCGGUGCACUGAGUUUGACCACAAAGGUAACGUCAAGACCACUGCCGGCGAGUUCCUGAAAAGUGAUCUCUGUCAAAAGCAUGGACUGCACGCCCGAGACCUGCGCAAGAUUGACAGCAGUUUCAAUAAUCAAAUCCCUGUCAUCCUUGUCCGUCCCGAAGCUAUUCUAGUGAAUGUGGGUCACAUUCGAGCACUUAUCAAGGCUGACCUUGUAGUUCUGUUUGACUCUUUUGGAUCUACGGACAGCUACAACCAAUCCAUCUUUAUCUACGAUCUCGAGGAGAAAUUGAGAAUGAGCACAAGUGCUGCAGGUGGCCUUCCUUUUGAAUUCAGAGCACUGGAAGCCAUCUUUAUUUCAGUAUUGUCUUCACUACAGUCAGAGAUGGAGGUCCUUGUUCAUUUUGUAACCAAUCUCUUAGCUCAAUUAGAAGAAAGCAUCGACCAGAAUAAGCUGAAAGAACUUCUGCAAUAUUCAAAGAAACUGUCUCAGUUUGAAUCCAAGACACUGUUAAUACGGGAUGUCUUCGUUGAGGUCCUGGAUCAAGAUGAGGACCUGGCCAAUAUGUACCUGACUGAAAAGAAGCUUGGCCAUCCAAGGACGGUGGAUUCUCAUGAGGAGAUUGAGAUUCUGCUUGAGUCAUAUUUGAAGCAGGUUGAGGAAAUUGCUAACACGGUGGCGAUUGUGAAGCAACAGAUGCAGUCGACAGAGGAGAUUGUGAAUGUGAUCUUGGGCGCGACCAGGAACCAACUGCUACUGUUUGAGCUCAGGAUCGCAAUGGGCACGCUGGGCAUGUCUAGUGGUGCAAUCAUUGCCAGUUUGUAUGGAAUGAACCUACAUAAUUACUUAGAAACGAAUCCUCAUGCAUUCGCUAUCGUAGGCACAACUGCACUGGGCAUCAGUAUGAUGGUCUUUACGUUUUGCUCACGUAAGCUGAAGCAACUGGCCAAAGGAACGACCUGA